GAUUGCUGUGAAGGCCGUCAACACCUCUACUGUUGAGCACAUGUUUGCUGUGAAUUGACUCACGUUUUGCUGUUUUUCUCAUUUGAUUUGAUUUUUGUAUUUAUUUAACAUUUGAUUAUUGAAUGAAUUGAUCGUUAAAUUGCAAUCAAAACAAUGUUUAGUUUAAGUAAAUCUGUGUCUAAACUCAAGUCACUUAAGAGUGGAUCAAAUGGUGCCCAAAUCAACGGACGCAAAGCCGUCGGCAAAACCAAAACCAAGAAACGGAAAGUAACCCAAAAGACCGAAGAAACGGAUGUGAGGAGAGGUGUGGUAAUGAUCAGCAACUUUCCCAUCGGUUUCUAUGAGAAACAAAUGUUUGAAUACUUCUCACAAUUCGGUAAAAUAUUACGGAUUAGGAUCUCGAAGAACAAGAAGACUGGAAAGAGGCGUAACUAUGGGUUCAUUGAGUUUGAGUUUGAAGAAGUGGCACAAAUCGUGGCCAACACUAUGGAUAACUAUCUGAUGUUUGAUCACAUCGUUAAAUGCAAAUUGAUGCCACACUCGGAGGUGAAGGAGAGACCAAAUUUGUUCAGGAGUUGGAACAAAGCGUUCGUCAGUUCCACACAAAUCCAUAAGUCUUUGCACAACAAAAACAAAUCCAUUGAAAGAGAGUUUCAAUUAAUGCGAAAUCGACUCAAAAAAGUGCGACAAAUGGAGAAUCAGCUCAAAGAGAAGGGAAUUGAGUUCAAGUGUCAAGUCAUUAAUUUACCCGACAUUUCACAGCUCAGACAGCAGAGGAAUGCCACCCCUGUUGAGGCAAACACUACCACAAAGAGUGUCCCAAAUAAUGUCUCGAAGAGUGUGUCCAGUAAUGUCCAAAAGAGUGUCUCAAAUAUUGUCCGAAAACAUGACAAACGCGUCAAUGAAUCGGUGAAAGAGUUGACGAAAGCGGAGANUAUUGUUUCCGAAAUUAUAUAAGUUUUCGAUAAUACUUUCGGCGAAUAAGAAAAUGUCUAAUUCUUACUCAAAAUGAUUUAAAUUU